AUGACCCCAUCUUGUCCGUCUGCACUACGCACGUCACGUCCCGACCCCCGCCACACGCCUGCCGCCCCAGAGCAUGCGCCGCCUCGCCGACGGCAGCAGCAGCCAACCCGCCCGCCGCGCCGUGCCCGAGCCCCGCCCGCCGCAAGCUCCGCCGCCCGCGCCCUCCGCCCCGCGCCCCGGCCGCCGCGAGCGAGCUCGGCCGCGGCCGCAAGCUCCGCCGCCUGCGCGCCCGCGCCUCCGCCCCGCGCCGCGGCCGCCGCGGGCGGGCUCAGCCCGCGCCCGGCCCCGCCCGCCCCCGCUGACGUCCGCCACGCCGCCGGCCGCGCCUGCCUCGCCCCGCCGCUGCACGCCGCGCUCGCGCCUGCCUCGCCCCCGCGCGCGUCCGCCACGCCGCCGGCCGCGCCUGCCUCGCCCCGCCGCUGCACGCCGCGCUCGCGCCUGCCUCGCCCCGCUCGCGUCCGUCACGCCGCCGGCCGCGCCUGCCUCGCCCCGCCGCUGCACGCCCCGGCCGCCCCCGCUCGCGCCUCGGCCGCCCCCGCUCGCGUCCGCCACGCCGGCGGCCGCGCCACGCCCCGCCUCGCCGCCGUCCACGCCCCGCCCGCCUCUCCGGCCGCCGUGCCCGCUUGCUCCGGCGAGACGAGAGAAGCAGGGGCAGGCGGCUCCGGCGACGCGGCUCAGGCCUCCAGCAGCAGAGGAGAGAGAGAGGGAAGGGGACAAAAGCACGGGCAGGUGGCUGCCAUGCGGGCGCGAGGACGCGGACGGGCUGUCCACGGCGGUCCGCUUUGA